AUGUCUUCUUCCUCGAGUGAGAUGAUUGGCACCAAUGAGAUCAAGAGGGAGAACUCGAGGGCACUUGAACCUCGGGGGAGUGUCAAGCUUUCCGCUCUGGACCCCAUGCCCAUGGAGACCCCGGGCCCCAACGCGGUGGCAGUCGAAUGCUCCCCGGCGUCUUUGGCUUUCUCUCCGGAGCAGGUCGCGUGCGUAUGCGAGGCGCUGCUGCAGGGCGGUAAUGUGGAGCGCUUAGCCCGUUUCCUCUGGUCGCUACCGCAGAGCGAGCUGCUGCGUGGAAACGAGAGCAUCCUCAAGGCGCAGGCCAUAGUCGCCUUCCACCAGGCGCGCUACCAGGAACUUUAUGUCAUCCUGGAGAACCAUAACUUCAGCCCGUGCAAUCACUCGUCUCUGCAGGACAUGUGGUACAAAGCGCGCUACACUGAGGCGGAGAAGGCGCGGGGGAGGCCGUUAGGAGCUGUGGAUAAGUACCGGCUGCGCAGGAAAUACCCGUUACCGCGCACGAUUUGGGACGGAGAGGAGACCGUGUACUGCUUUAAGGAGAGGUCAAGGAACGCGCUCAAGGACAUGUACAAGCGCAACCGGUACCCGUCCCCGGCUGAGAAGAGAAACCUCGCCAAAAUUACAGGACUCUCUCUGACCCAGGUCAGCAACUGGUUCAAAAACAGGAGGCAGCGCGACCGCAAUCCGUCCGAAGCGCAAUCCAAAAGUGAAUCUGAUGGAAAUCACAGCACUGAGGAUGAGUCGAGUAAGGGCCAUGAGGAGCUGUCACCUCGACCCCUUUCCAGUGGCUCUGCUGGUUCAGCUGCCCAUGGAACUAGCCCCAUUGUAGCAUACUCUGACAUUGGCACCACCGUCAUCCAGCAAAUCGGGGAUGUCAAAAUGUCACCCUUGCCAGCGGGAAUGGGCUAUAAUGGUGAUCUGGCAAGCCCCAACUCUCACUAUCUUAACGGUGGCGCAUAUAUUCAGUCGCAUGGCAGCAACAGUCUCCUAAAUGGACUUGGAACUACAAGUAGUCACUUCUUAACCUUUGAUUCUCAGAGGGUCUCCCAUGGCCAAGAAAGGCUACUAGGUGGUUCUUCUGUAUCCUAUGCCUCUUAUUCUGUGGGGGCUCCAGAAGCCAGUGUUGGAAAACUAGACAGCAUGCAGUCCUUGGUUUCACAUUCAGAACACGGAGCAGUGGCCUCGUAUGCCACCACCACAUCAUCGUCCUCGAAUACACCUCAUCUAAGCAGCUAUGCUAUGGUCAACAUUUCUGGGGCUGAGAACGGCCUGGGACUUCCUCCUUUACUUCUGCCCUCAUCUUCUACAGCACCGCCUCACAGUGGUUCGGCUCCAUUGGAAGGGGUGGUCAGCGACUCAUCCCAGCAAUCUGCUCAGCCCCUGCUCUACACCCUUAACCAGGCUGUCAAGGAGGAGCCACUGGACAUCGGUGUGGGCUAUUCAUAUGCCUCCAACGUGUCUCUAGACCAAAGUGCCAACCUGGGCUACACAGCCUCCCUUUUCUUGUCGUCAAACCUUGGUCACUCGGUUGUCAAUGGAGGCUCUCUGGAACCUGCAGCCACAGCUGCUAUCACCUCUGUCCUCUCCAGCACAGAAGGUCACUCCACUUUGGCUCACAGUGCCCGUGGGCUCCAGGAAGCUGGGGGUGCUCUGCCCUCAGUCUACAGGGCACAGGAAGCUCAGCUGCCCCUGUCCGACAAUCUGGAAAACUCUGUGAGUACUCGAGAGGGGCCUCAUGGAGUGUGUAGUGACCUGGACAUGGAGGGAAAAGAACUGGCCAAGCUGCAGACUGUUCAGAUGGACGAGGACAGCAGUGACCUCUGA